GUAGUGACGUUUGCGGGUCAUGAGGUCAAUGGCGGCCUCCGGGCCUGACGCCAAUCUGAAGCCUCGGACUUGAUUUGCGAUCCCGCCCGCGCCCUACCUCCCGCAACAGGGCGGUUUCUGAUCGGGCCCAGGUUGUGGAGAUGGCCAAGCGGAUGAAGACCGAAUACAUGAAGCAAUUCCGGGGGCCGAGCUGGGAGGUUUACGGCAGUUGUUACUCGGCGCUGCUGGAGUAUCGCGGCAUGAGGCGACUCCUCGAACAGGCCCAUGUUCCCUGGAUCUGGGACUCGGCCUCAGGAUCCAGCUCCGGCUCCUCCACACCCACUGAGCCGCUGCCCGAGGACUCUCCCCAGACUCACGGCCAGGGAACGGCGGCUGAGCCACCGGCCGCGGCGACAGAGACUGAAUGUCUUCCUGAAGCCGGUGAAAAGGGUAAAGACGAAGAGCCGACAGCGGAUGAACGGCGCCUCCGGCCUGAGGAUUGUCGCCGAGUGUCAGCAAAAACCCCUCGGUCCGCGGCAGCACUCGGUGCCCCGAAGGAAACUAAGGCUCCGUUUGCGAUGUUUGGCUGGGCUGAGAGAGAUGCUGAGGUUGGCUGUAAGAAGACACACAACGUCAGCGCGUCUGCUUUAAAAGGACAGAUUUAUGAAUCUGCAGUACGUGCUCAUCACAGGCGUCAGGUACAGAAAGCCAUGUGUACACCUCAUAGACGACCCAGUGGUAAAGUGACAUCGACCACCCACUUUCGUGCCGGGCAGUGUAAAUCCACUUUAGAACAUAAAUCACUUUCUGAUCACUUGCAAGUUCGGGUGUUGAAGCCUACUGGAGCAGAAGACCCUUGGCUGUCUGAAUAUAUGAGAUGUUAUUCAUCACGGUCACUCUGAGCCUUAGCAGCUUCCUGUUGGUAGAGCAUGGGCCAAUAGAAUAGUUUAUUUAUUCUGGUCUGUUUUGGGCUCAGUACUGGGCCCUAAUUGGAGUGUGUAUUAUGAGAGCUGAUUCAUGGAUAACACAUAAUUAGCAAACACUGGAAUUGUUUUGCUGAUUUGUAGAAAAGUUUCAGUGAUAGUAUUGGUGCAUUGUCUUCAAAUCACAACACAUAACAUUGACAGGACCACAGAAUCCCAUUUUAAAAUUGGGACAUUUAUUUCCUUGUGCUACAAUUAUUUUCCAAAUUGAUAAUUAUUGACUGUUCUGAUUACUGUCAAUUAUGCAAUACUAUUGAGAGUUUCAUUAGUAUGUAAAUGGUAGAUUGCACAUGAAUUUUUGUGAGCUCAGUAUUAUUUUGCACAAAUUGCUUCAUUGCACUGGUAACCUUUAACUGUAGUUUUGUCAUAAUAGUAUGCACUAUUGUAUAAUGAGUGCACAUUUUGUAAAGUUCAUUGGACUCUUUUCUAUAGCGGUUCAUAUUUGUAACCUUUUUACACUUUUAGGGUUCCCUCUUGUCAUUGUAGAUAAUCUGGUCAUGAUCACAUUGCUCUUUUGUACAUUACAACAGUGACUGCUUGUCAAAAGUACCUAAUUAAUUUGUAAAGCACUUUGGACAGUAGGAGGUCUGUUAAACGUGCUGUAAAUAGAAGGCAUUGCUUCUUAUGAUGUGUACCUGCUCAAUAAAUACAUUCAUAUGUGAUUGUA